ACCCCUGCUCUGCCUACAUCAGCCUGAAUGAGCCCUGGAGGAACACAGAUCAUCAGAUAAAUGGUUCCCACGGCCAGCCGACAUGCGACAGUCAAAUCGACGGGGAGUGGUAUCGCUUCACUGGCAUGGCUGGCGAUGCUAUGCCUACCUUCUGCAUCCCGGAGAACCACUGUGGCACCCAUGCUCCCAUUUGGCUGAAUGGCAGCCACCCGCGAGAGUCGGAUGGCAUCGUCCCACGCCAAGCCUGUGCCAGCUUCAAUGGGAACUGCUGCCUUUGGAAUACCACAAUUGACGUCAAGGCGUGUCCGGGCGGGUACUACGUGUAUCACUUAACCAAGCCUAGCGUUUGUUUCCAUGCAUACUGUGGGCAUUUUUAUGACAUCUGUGAUGUGGUGGAUUGCCAGGGCGCCUGCCUGGACACCAGUGACUGCACGUGUUCCCUGGGGACAACACUAGGACCUGAUGGACAGACAUGUCUUGAUGAAAAUGAAUGUGAGCAGAACAACGGAGGCUGCAGUGAAUUUUGUGUUAACCUGAAGAACUCCUACCGCUGUGAGUGCGGGAUCGGGCGCACACUGGGAAGUGACGGGAAAACCUGUGAAGAAAUUGAAGGCUGUCACAAUAACAAUGGAGGCUGCAGCCAUACCUGUAUUGAAGUGGAAGACACAUACCAAUGUGAAUGUCCGAGAGGACUUGUUCUGUCAGAAGACAACCACACUUGCCAAGUUCCAGUGCUGUGCAAGUCCAGCUCUAUUGAGGUGAGCAUCCCAAAGGACCUGGUUGGAGGCCUGGACCUUUCCCUCAUCAACACUUCCUGCAAAGGAGUAUCCAAUGGCACUCACGUCAACAUCCAUUUCUCCUUGAAGUCCUGCGGCACUGUUGUAGAUGUAAUAAGUGAUAAAAUCAUUGCCACCAAUCUGGUGACUGGCUUGCCAAAGCAGACUCCAGGAAGCAAUGGGGACAUCAUUGUCCGCACCAGCAAGCUGCUGAUCCCGGUGACCUGUGAGUUCCCACGCCAGUACACCAUCUCCGAAGGUUAUGUGCCCAACCUCAAGAACUCACCCUUGGAAAUCAUGAGCCGCAACCAGGGCAUCUUUCCCUUCACCCUUGAGAUCUUCAAAGACAAAGACUUUGAUGAACCCUACAGGGGUGCUCUUCCCACCCUCAAGCUUCGGGACUCUCUGUACUUUGGGAUUGAACCCUUGGUACAUGUCAAUGGCCUAGAGACACUGGUAGAGAGCUGCUUUGCCACUCCCACCUCAAAAAUCGAUGAGAUCCUGAAGUACUACCUGAUUCAAGAUGGCUGCGUUUCUGAUGAUUCGGUGAAACAGUACACGUCAAAGGACCAUCUUGCCAAGCAUUUCCAGGUUCCUGUGUUCAAGUUCGUGGGCAAAGACAACAAGGAGGUGUUCUUGCAUUGCCGCAUCCUUGUGUGCGGGGCGCUGGACGAGAGCUCUCGCUGCGCCCAGGGCUGCCGGAGACGGGUGCGCAGGUCGGCUGCGACAGAGGAGGAGGAGGAGGAGGAGGAAUCUGGUCACGUGGCAAACCACAUCCUGACAGGUGGCCCGAUCAGAAUCGACUUUGACGACUAACAGCCACCCACUGCAACAGCAUCUCUGCAUGAGACCAACCUUCCUUAUCAGUGCCUUCUUUCAUGGUUGUUUGAGAAACAAGGGGUCCCUGAACCUCAGGACUUGUUUCCCUAGCCGCGUGAUGAUUAUUUGUGAAAUAUGUUGGGCACAUGAGGCAGCCCUCUGAGUGCAACCCAGACUGCAG